GGCCGACUGGAAUGUCGCGCGGACGCGCGCUUCGUUGUGUUGUUGUGCCGUCGACUUCCGGCUCGUACAGCGAGGAGAUAGCUCCAUAGCAAAUGCUCCUCUAACCUUCUUUUAUGCUACAGGCUCUUACGUUUAGUGAAUGUCCAGGUAUUUCUAACACCGAACGAAGGGACUUCCCUUAAGAUGAGCAGCUAACGUUGAAUCAAACGAAACGUGUCUGCAGGAAACGAGAGGCAGUGACGGGCAGCGAUGUCGCUGUAUGAUGACCUCGGUGUGGGCGCCAGUGACACCAAGACGGAAGGCUGGUCCAAGAACUUCAAGCUGCUACAGUCCCAGCUGAAGGUGAAGAAGGCGGCUCUGACCCAGGCCAAGACCCAGCGGAUGAAGCAGACGUCAGUCUUGGCUCCAGUUAUUGAUCUAAAGAGAGGAGAUCGCUCCAGCGAUGAGAGACAGAUCAUAGACACUCCUCCACAUGCUGCUGCUGGACUUAAGGAAGCCGUGCCGAGUGCUUUCUCUUCUGGUGAUGUGCUGAUCCCGUUGGCGGACGAGUACGAUCCAAUGUUCCCCAACGACUACGAGAAAGUGGUGAAGCGACACCGAGAAGAGCGCCAGCGCCAGAGGGAGCAAGAGCGGCAGAAGGAGAUCGAGGAGAGAGAAAAGAAGAGGAAAGAAAGGCCAGAUGGUGGAGCUCCAAGUGGUUUCUCUCGUUUCCCUGCAGCCGAGGGCGAGUCGGAUGAGGAGGAGGACCACGAGACAGAGCGGAGGAAACGGAUGAUGGGUGGAGCAGCUAUCGCCCCUCCUUCUUCACUUGUGGAUAAGGAUGGGUCAUCAUACUCCUACGAGGAUGAAGUUCGUCCCGCCAGAGCUUCAAAGGCCGCCAUCCCUCCACCUAUGUACGAGGACUCGGAGCGCCCCCGUUCACCGCCCGUACCAACCAGCUCCUUCCUGGCCAACAUGGGAGGUACGGUGGCCCAUAAGAUCAUGCAGAAGUACGGCUUCAAAGAAGGCCAGGGCCUGGGGAAGCACGAGCAGGGCCUCAGCACGGCGCUGUCUGUGGAGAAGACCAGCAAGAGAGGUGGAAAGAUCAUCAUAGGUGACGCCGCGGAAAAACCAGGGUCCAGCCAGACAGCUGCUACUGAGACUACAGGCGGAGGUUUUUCAGCAGACUCUUCCAAGAAGUCGGACGCCAACCCGCUCACAGAGAUCCUCAAAAACCCGACCAAAGUGGUCCUGCUAAGGAACAUGGUGGGCCGCGGCGAGGUGGACGAGGACUUGGAGGGAGAGACCAAAGAGGAGUGCGAGAAAUACGGCAAAGUGGUGAAAUGUGUCAUAUUCGAGAUUGCAGUCGUGCCGGAUGAGGACGCUGUCAGGAUAUUUCUGGAGUUUGAGAGGGUGGAGUCCGCCAUCAAAGCCGUGGUGGACCUGAACGGACGGUAUUUCGGCGGGCGAAUCGUCAGAGCUUGCUUCUACAAUCUAGACAAGUUUUGGGUUUUGGACCUCGGGGAGCAGAUGUGACAUCUCCCUGGGCGCGCAUCGGUUCCUCACUUGUACAUAAAACCUUUUUUUAAAUUUCCUGAACAGCAGUGAAGUUGUCUGUAUGUAGUGGUGAGUCCAUCGUGUAGAUUAUUUUUUUUUUGUCCUGGGAUGAAAAAUACCUCUGUCGAGAAAAAAUAAAAGGUAUAAACUAUGUCUAGUUUA